ACACUUUCCGGAGAAAACGUUUUCAUCUUCAAGAAGCUUCCAAGCUCCGAUAAUCCAAUCAAUUCUAAUCUCCACUAUUCAGUACUCCCCACACCUUGUAACUUUUCUAGCUUCGUCUUCCUCUGCGUAUGGACAUAUAACCAAUUAGCCAUUCGUCCUUGCUCGUUCUUUCCUUCCAUCUCUCCUCCCAAUGGCUAACGCAAUCUUUAGAACCCCUGCCUUCUUCGUGCCUCUGUCUGAUCUAAGCACCACAUCCUUGGAAACCCCGAGAUUCUUACGUUUUUCUUCUAAACAGAGAAGUAGAAGACUUGUCCAACCAAACAUUUCUCGUUUCUCCAAUAAAUUAUCACUUCAUUUUCCAAAAUUGCUACCUUUUGCUGCCUCUGGAGAAGCUACGGAGACCGACCAAUUUGAAGAAAUUGAAACAGAGUUCUUGUAUUGGGGGCUAUCGCUUGUUGUAAUUGUAAAAUCUCUGGAUUGCAAGCAUGAGAACUUGAGUUCUAGUUGGAGGACGGCAACUUUGUGUGAAAAAAAUGCAAAGGAAAACUUCGAUGAUGAAGUUCUGGUUGAGAAUGGUGCAAGCGAUGGUGGCAUCACUGCUGAAGAAAAACCAACAUCAGCCAUUUUGCCAUUGUUAGAAACAUAUAAAGAAGCUUUGGUAGGUAAUGAUGAACCCAAGGUUGCAGAAAUAGAAGCCUUGCUUCAAUCCAUUGAAGACGAGAAAAUAUCUCUUGCAAACAAAGUAGCCACUUUGUCUGAAGAGAUGUCUAUGGAGAAAGAUCGAAUUCUUAGGAUCAGUGCUGACUUUGAUAAUUUUCGGAAGAGGACGGAGAGAGAACGACUUUCCUUGGUGACAAAUGCGCAAGGAGAAGUUGUGGAGAGUCUUUUGCCUGUUUUGGAUAACUUUGAGCGAGCAAAAUCCCAAAUCAAGGUGGAGACUGAGGGAGAGGAAAAGAUCAACAACAGCUACCAAAGCAUAUGUAAACAAUUCAUCGAGAUUCUGGGAUCAUUAGGUGUUGUUCCUGUGGAGACAGUAGGAAACAAUUUUGAUCCAUUGCUGCAUGAAGCAAUAAUGCGUGAAGAUUCUACAGAGUUUGAAGAAGGUAUUAUAAUUCAAGAAUUCCGAAAGGGCUUCAAACUAGGAGACAGGCUCUUGCGUCCUUCAAUGGUGAAGGUUUCAGCUGGCCCAGGCCCAGCAAAGCCUCAAGAAGGGCCAUUGGAGGAUGAUGAUGGUAGCAGUGAAAGAACAGAGGAAGGCAGAAUGCAAGGAGAAUCUGAUCAAUGAUUCUUGGUGACUCAAGUCUUAGAUUCAGUUACUAAAAAGAAAUUUUUUAUAUUCAAUUUUGUAAAAGCAGUUAUUUAAGGUUUUUGUUGGUAAGAACUGCAUAUUGGAUGCUGUCCUGCAGUAGGUCUUUUAUCUCCGAGAAAAGAAUAGAUUGAUUAGAGGAAUGCACUUGGGCGGAACAUUUCUCUUCCUUUUUUCUUUCACUUUAAUUAAUAUGAUCGAUCUUUUCUUCUGUUGAA